AGAGUCGAGCUGGUUAUGCGUCGCGCCACACGCACGCCCGAUAUAUACCGCGUCCUCGCCAAGUGCGAGGAAUUCCUCGCUCAUUUGACCGAUUUGCCAGGGACACCGACUGAUCGUAGUUGUAGCGUCGUCCUUCUCCUUCCGCUGAACGUGUCUCAGGACGAAGUUUGUCGAGUUACAUUACAGACUUAUAAACCGAAUAUGCCGCGAGAAAUCAAAGAAAUCAAGGACUUUCUUCUGAAAGCCAGGAGGAAAGACGCAAAAUCCGUGAAAAUUAAGAAGAAUGCUGAUAAUGUCAAAUUUAAAGUUCGUUGCUCGAGAUUUCUAUAUACUCUUGUCAUUACUGAUAAAGAGAAAGCUGAAAAGUUAAAGCAAUCCUUACCACCAGGCUUACAAGUAAAGGAAGUAAAGAGGAGCGAACGUGUAUAAAAUGAAUAAUUAAACUAUCUUCUUAAACACUA